AUUCCGCAUUAGCUUUCCAAGCUCUUAACCCCUAGCUGUCCAAAGGACCAAAACCCUAGACUCGGAAACCGGCCGCCGCUCGCCCCUUGACAACCGAACAGCUCGGCAACCAUGUCGUCGGCGUUCCUCGCCGCCCGGCUCCUCCGCCGCGCCGCCACCGCAUCCUCGUCCUCUCCUCUCUCCGCCCUAGCCCGCCGCGCCCUCCACUUGGGCCGUGCCCCCGUUCCCCUCCCGCGCCGUCUCCCCGCCGCCGCUCGCCGGUUUCUGGCGUCGCAGUCUCCGGCGUCCUCCUCCAAAGACUCCGCCGACGAGAACCUGAGGCGGGUCAUCGAGUCGGAGAUCGAGUGCGUCGUCCAGUCGGAGGAGAGCUUAGCCGACAAGCACAUUGGACUACCAGAUGACUUCCCUUUUGAGGUCAUAGACAAUCCUGGUGAUCAAUCCAUAACCCUCAAAAGAGAGCUUGCUGGUGAGACAAUUAAAGCUGCUGUCUACACCAACUUUGAUACAGAGGAAGAUUUGGAUGAGGAUGAUGGGAGUGACAAUGAUGGAGAAUCUUUCAAGCCAGCAAUUCAGAUGGUUGUCACUGUUGAAAAAACAGAAGGCCCAAUCCUGGAAUUUGACUGCAACUUUAAUGAUGAUGAACUGGCAAUUGAAAGUAUGAGGGUGCUGAACCGUGAUGACCCUGAUGCUGAGAAUAUGUAUGAGGGACCACCAUUUUCGGACUUGGAUGAGAGCUUGCAGAAGGCCUUGCAUAAGUACCUUGAGGCGAGGGGGAUCAAGCACUCACUGCAUGACUGGCUGUACGAGUACAUGAUGAGAAAGGAUGAGAAGGAGUAUGUGGUCUGGUUGAAGAACAUGAAGGAGUUCAUUGGAAACUGAGUGCCUCUGCCUGUUAGUUUCCUUUUGUUGGGAGAACAAGCCUUGCACUCAUCGUCUCAUACUCUGAUCAUAAUUACGCAAAUAUACCUCCUGGCAACAUAUAUUUUGCUUCUCCAAGAUUUUUUGUUGACCUGGUUAUUCGUUAUGGAAAGUGGUGUCCUUGAGCUCAGCUUUGUGUAGGAGGCUAGGAGCCCUUAAUUUCUCUGAGCCAUGGUUUACUGUGUGGCCAUUUUUACCAGGUUCUAUCAGGAUGGUGAUUGCUGCAGCUCCCUAACUGCAGUGGUUGGGUCCUAAAACAUUUUAGAGAUUUGUAGGUGAAACACGAGUUAAAUUGUAAGUCAGUCGAAGAGUAGUUUGAUGACCUAUUUGUUGCCUACUGCAGUAUUAAUUUGAGAUGCAAGGUAUGUUUUCUUUUA